AUAAUAUUUUGGAUUUAUUAUACAAUGAUUCACGAGUUAUGGACCAUUUUCAGUCAAGAUCGUGGGCAUCCGUUUCAGGAAAUUCGAAAAUGCAGGAAAUAACUAAACAAGUUCUAGAUUCAUUCACUUUGUGUCAAUCUGAUGUCGUGGACUUCAAUGGUCUCCAAAUUCGGCUAAAAAAAGAAUUAACAGGGAAAAGGUUUUUACUUGUUUUGGAUGGGUUCGAGAAUGAGAAUUAUCUUGAUUGGGAUAUCCUUCAAAUGCCUUUUGUUUCAGAAAAUAAUGGAAGUAGAAUAAUUGCUACCACACGUAAUAAAAGGGUUGCCACAGCAAUCCGUGCUAAUCUAACUCAUUUCCCCCCGUUCCUAUCUCAAGAGGCUUCAUGGGAGUUAUUCUCAAGUCAUGCAUUCAAGUCUCAAAACUCAAAUGAACGAAGUCGUGUUUUGACGGAAAUUGGUAAAAAAAUCGUUCAAAGGUGUGGUGGUCUCCCCCUAGCCACAAUUACACUAGGGAGUCUCUUAAAUUCAAAAGAGGACAGUGAGGAGUGGGAAAAUGUUUGUACCAGUAAAUUAUGGGAUUUAUCAAGAGGGGGGAACAACAUAUUUUCUGCAUUAAUUUCAAGCUACAUACGCCUGCCUCCAUAUCUCAAGCGGUGCUUUUCAUUUUGUGCCAUCUUUCCGAAAGGCCAUAAAAUAGAAAAAGGGAACUUGAUAUAUUUAUGGAUGGCUGAAGGUCUUUUGCCACGAUCAACAAUGGGAAAGAGAGCAGAAGAUAUAGGAGAAGAAUGUUUUGAGGAGUUGGUGUCGAAGACGUUCUUUCACCACACAUCGGAUGAUUUUUUAAUGCAUAACAUUAUGCAUGAGUUAGCAGAAUGUGUUGCAGGUGAAUUUUGUUACAGGUUGAUGGAUAGUGAUCCAAGCACAAUUGGAGUGAGUAGAGUGCGCCGUAUCUCAUAUUUUCAAGGAACAUACGAUGACUCUGAACAUUUUGAUAUGUACGCUGAUUUCGAGAAGUUGAGGACCUUCAUGCCUUUUAAAUUCUACCCCGUUGUUCCUUCGUUGGGUGGAAUUUCCGCUUCAGUUUCAACUCUAUUAAAAAAACCAAAGCCUCUGCGUGUCUUCUCUUUGUCUGAAUAUCCGAUUACCUUAUUGCCUAGUUCAAUUGGUCAUUUAUUGCAUUUGCGGUAUUUGGAUCUUUCUCGGACUCCAAUUACUUCUCUUCCUGAUUCUAUCUGCAAUCUGUAUAACUUAGAAGCAUUAUUGCUGGUGGGUUGUGCUGAUCUUACUUUGUUACCAACAAAAACAUCCAAGCUUAUCAACCUACGACAAUUGGAUAUUAGUGGCAGUGGUAUAAAAAAGAUGCCUACAAAUCUUGGCAAGUUAAAGUCUCUUCAAUCGUUGCCUCGUUUUGUCGUUAGCAAUGAUGGGGGAUCAAAUGUUGGUGAAUUGGGGGAGAUGUUGGAACUUCGUGGCUCACUUUCCAUUGUGAACUUGGAAAAUGUUCUGCUUAAAGAAGAAGCAUCCAAUGCUGGGUUGAAGCGUAAAAAAUAUCUUCAUGAGGUCGAAUUCAAGUGGACAACUCCAACACACAGUCAAGAGAGCGAAAAUAUUAUAUUUGACAUGCUAGAGCCGCAUCGAAACUUGAAAAGACUUAAAAUAAAUAAUUUUGGUGGUGAGAAGUUUCCAAAUUGGCUAGGGAGCAAUUCAGGUUCUACUAUGAUGUCUCUAUAUCUUGACGAGUGCGGAAAUUGUUUGUCAUUGCCAUCACUUGGACAAUUGUCUAAUCUGAGAGAAAUUUACAUAACUUCUGUUACAAGGUUGCAAAAGGUGGGUCCGGAAUUUUAUGGGAAUGGAUUUGAGGCAUUUAGUUCCUUAAGAAUCAUCAAGUUUAAGGACAUGCUCAAUUGGGAAGAAUGGUCAGUCAAUAAUCAAAGUGGAAGUGAGGGUUUCACUUUGCUUCAAGAGCUUUACAUAGAAAAUUGUCCUAAACUGAUUGGUAAGUUACCCGGCAACCUUCCUUCCUUGGAUAAGUUAGUGAUCACUUCAUGUCAAACUUUAAGUGAUACCAUGCCAUGUGUCCCAAGAUUAAGAGAAUUGAAGAUCAGCGGUUGUGAAGCAUUUGUUUCCUUAUCCGAGCAAAUGAUGAAAUGCAAUGAUUGUCUUCAAACAAUGGCCAUCAGUAACUGCCCAUCUUUGGUCAGCAUCCCUAUGGAUUGCGUCUCAGGGACGCUUAAAUCUCUUAAAGUAUCUUAUUGUCAGAAAUUACAACGAGAAGAGUCUCACUCCUAUCCUGUCCUUGAGAGUUUAAUCUUAAGAAGUUGCGAUUCUCUCGUAUCUUUUCAAUUGGCUUUAUUUCCAAAGCUUGAAGAUCUUUGCAUAGAAGAUUGUAGCAAUCUCCAGACCAUUUUAUCUACUGCAAACAAUCUUCCAUUUCUUCAAAACUUGAACUUGAAAAAUUGCUCAAAACUGGCUCUGUUUUCUGAGGGAGAGUUUUCUACAAUGACAUCACUUAAUUCUCUUCAUCUCGAGAGUCUUCCUACACUCACUUCACUAAAGGGCAUCGGAAUCGAACACUUAACCUCUCUUAAAAAGCUGAAGAUAGAGGAUUGUGGUAACCUUGCCUCUCUACCAAUAGUCGCCUCCCUUUUCCAUCUAACUGUCAAAGGAUGCCCGUUAUUGAAAUCGCAUUUUGAAAGGGUCACCGGAGAAUACUCGGACAUGGUGUCUUCCAUACCCUCUACUAUUAUUGAAGCUUAGAUCGCUCAUUUUAACCAUAUACAUCAGCCGAGAAAAGCAGAGGUAGAGAAGCAAUAGGUAAAAAAAUGCUGAGCGUAUUAACUGCUGGGAAUUGUCCUGUUUCUUUUUGGCCGGAGAAUGCGGCAUCUGAUCACUUCUGUUGUCCGUCUUGCUGUAUUCUGGGACUAAAUUAUUAAGUUCAUACUGCAUAUGAUUUGCAUAAUAAUUGAUAUCUUUGAAUUGCAGAAUUUUGAAAUUGUAAACUUGUCAUGUAUAAAUUUAUCUGGUCAAGUUGAUGCUCAUAAAGUUCUGUGAACGUUGUAGCUUUUUAAUGUCA